UGGUUAUGGAAAUGUACACAUAUAGGGAUUGUGUAUUUACUACCCAUAUGGGGCCCAGUGGUCUCAUUGGUCAGAUAAUCCAACCCUUUUAUCUGGUGGGCCUUGUUUUUCUGAUGGGAGACUGAAGAGAGCCCAAUGACGGGACAGUCCUGGAGGAAUGCUAGCCCUUGAGAAUUUUCUUUAUUGACCAUCCCUUUAAAGGACAAUUAAUAAGAUAAAAACGAUUCGCCAAUCAAUGUUAGGAUUAUAUAUUGGCCACAUACUGCAGGGCCUAUAAGAUGAACGGUUCAGAUCUUGUGUGUAAAAAACCAUGAAGGCCCUACCAUAGAGUGGAGGAGGAAAUGAUCUUCCAUUGCAACCAAGAACAGUUAAUUAGAAUCUUCAUAUGGUAAGGCAGUAGAGUAAAAUACACCCACUCGUGUGAAAGCACAUUGGCAUUGAAUAGAUUAAUUGAUAAUUAACUGUAAGCUUAGGGAGAAAUAUAAAUAAAUGAAAGUAUAUAUGAUUUCUCUAUUGUGAGGAUGGUUCCUCUCUUCACGUGGGUGGACGACUUUAUGACCAUCCUUUAACAACUAGGAUAUGUCUUAAGCAACAUCUAUGAGAUUUGUACAGAUACCAAAAGUCCAAAUAGAGGGAGGAGAAGAAAAGAGCAGUCCCAUAGUGCAUGCAAAAUGAACAAUAUCUCAGUCAACCAAAGCUUGCCAUCCAUUUUCUUCUAGAGAGGGUCAUCACACCGUCCAAUUUCAUAUUUUUUAUGCCAUCUCCAUAGUGGUGGGACCUUCAUGCUAAUCUCUCAACACCUUAAAUACAAGAGGAAUGAGAGGGAUUGAAUACAAGUGGUCUCUCUCUCUCUCAUACAUCUAUAGCUUGGGUCUACUAAUUAAGUUGCACUCAAGAUCUAACUCCUAGCCUCUUACUCUCUCUUUCUCUCUCUCUCUCUCUCUCUCAUAUCCUAAUGGCCAACACCAAGUCUACCCAUGCAUGUGUUUUUCUCCUUGUACUUCUUUUCAAUGCAAUUAUCUCCUCUGAGGGAAGACAUUUGAAGGUGGAGAAAAGAAAGGAGUGUAAGAAGUGUAAGGUGGAUAGCAGCAACAAUAUUGCAGGAGAAACAAGGAAAGGUGGUGUAGAAUCCCCAAGCGUACACCAUUACGGCACUAAUACAACCGAUCAUUACCAAUCGAAGUCGGUUAGUAACAUGGAAGAUUUUCGACCUACGGCACCAGGCCACAGCCCUGGGGUGGGCCAUUCCGUUAAGGACAAAGGCAUUGAUUCUCUUAGUAACAUGGACGAUUUUCGACCCACGGAGCCAGGCCACAGCCCCGGGGUUGGCCAUUCUGUUAAGGACAGGCUUUGAUGUUAACGUGUAGUUAUUCAUAUGAGAUUGUAUGGCAUGUAUGUAUUGUACAUACGUAUUUCUAUCUGUUAAUCUGCAGACUUGUUGCGUAUAUAUGUUUUCAUUUGAUAUAAUUGUAAGCUUGUGGAAUUGUGGAGUUCAAAAUUGAUGUAUUCUCCACUCCUUACUCCUUUGGUCGUAUACUUAUGUGUGAAUAAAGCAUUGCU